AUGACAGCGUUCUCGGACCAGCGAGGAUACACGGUUGCCGACAACUCCAAGAGGUCGGUCCUCUCAGCUGUAGACGUAGACGGCUUCCAACAAGUCAUGCUACACCGACGAGUCAAGGCUUCCGUCGGUUCGGCAAAAACCGGUAAGUUGCGUGUGGUGGCCAAGCCUCCUAAGAGGAGGGCUGUUUUUGUUUCUCGAUUGCAUCAAGAGACCACCAGCGACAAACUAUUAGAAAUUGUGUCUAGUGCCCUAGGAUGCCAGAGCUUUUCUUGGACGAAACUGGCAGCUAGGUACCCAAACCUAAAUGCUCGGAGUGCAACCAAUGAAUCGGUAGUGCUUGAAGGUGUUCUAUCGACAUUCAAAUAUUAUGUGGUAGUUAAAACGGAAACUUUGCUGCACAGUCCAAUACCUGAUAAUGAUGUUUUCGCUCAUGGUUUUAAAGUAUUCCGAAGGAACCGUGGUUCAAGAGGGGUCGGGGUCGCUCUUUUGAUCAGGUACACCAUUUCAUGCACACUUAUUGAGCACGGCCAGGACUGUGAAAAGGUCUGGACCUUUAUACGAUUUGGUUUCCAAUCAAUGCUUGUAGGAACAGUAUACAGACGUCCCCAGGCCAGUAUUGAUGCCUUACAGAGUUUAUUCGAGUUUCUUCAAACUGAAACCAAACGCUUUUCACGUGUAGUAAUGACCGGUGAUUUUAAUCUGCCAGAUAUAAAUUGGAAUUACGUGAUGCCCAAUGGUAUAUGCAAUCAGUUUAGGCUCCUUGUUGAUAUUGUUUUCAGUAACUAUAUAAGUCAAGUGGUCACGUGCCCCACGCGUGUGUCAGAUGGUAAGGAACCCUUGCUUGAUCUCGUGUUUAUAUCUGAGGUUGUUACCAGAAGUGUUCUUGGCGUAUCAUUCGCGGAUGGCAUAUCUGAUCAUGUAAUUGUUGUAUGUGACCUAUCUGCACCUCAGGAUGUGCACAAUGAAACCGAAACAAAAUAUUAUUGUAAUUUCAAAAGGGCGAAUGAUAUCGAUAUUGUAGACUUCUUGGAAGUAGCUCUAGACAGAUUUCUUGUGUUUUAA